AUGGAACAAGUCUUGAUCGGUGGCAGCAGAUACUUACUGCUUGUGGUUGAUGAAGCCAGCGGUUGCAUGAAGGGCUUCUGUCUGCGGUCCAAGUCUGAGAGUGAAGACUGUAUCAAGAACCACAUUAUCAAGAUUCAAACUCAGUUCGGCACGAAGAUCAAGUUUGUUCGGCACGAUGGAGCGCAUGAGUUUGCGACCAGCUCCAUCAAGACCUUCUACGAAGAUCAUGGUAUCGAACAACAGAUCACGGUGCCGUAUGCACACCAGACCAACGGCACCGCAGAACGAGCGAUAAGGACCAUCGUCACGAUCGGACGCAGCUUGUUGCAUCAUGCAAAACUGGAGAAGUGUUUCUGGGCUGAAGCGGCAAUGACGGCGAUCUACAUCAAGAACCGCCUGCCUUCACCCAAGAUCGACCACAAGACUCCGUUCGAAAUCGUGUACAAGUCGAAACCAAGUGUCAACCACAUGCGCGUGUUUGGAUGUCGGGCGUUUAUCCUGACACCAAGGGAGAAGCGAUUGAAGUGGGACCCGAAGGCUCGUGAAGAGAUAUUCAUGGGCUACGAAGAAGCUUCAAAAGCUUAUCGAGUGUACGACAUUGAGGCGGGCCAAGUGGUGAUCAGUCGUGACAUCACCUUCGACGAAUCGACUUUUGACUUUUCAAUGGACCGACCAAGUGACGAUGAUGAAGAUGUGAAGUUGGACCUCGACCUCCUCGCGAUCAACGAGGACGACGUGCGUCAAACCGUCUACAAGCAGACUGGCAAGCGCAAGAGUGAAGCAAGACCCGGCAUGUCACGUUCAGCUCGCCCUCGAACUGGGUUGGAACAAGCAAGUGCGCCGGAACACGUCUCCAACCGUCACCAGAAACGACGAUCAAGUGCUCCAGAAACGAUGUCUGAUGACGAAGAAGAUGCAAGCGUCUACGAUCAAGAUGACGACUCGACGCCUCCAACAUUUUGGCGUGCAAGUGCAAACGCAGUGGAAGCAAUGGACCUAGCAGAACCUGUGACUUUUCAAGACGCGAUAAAUGGUCCUGAUCAAGCUCACUGGAGAAACGCUGUGAAGGCGGAACUCAAGUCGAUGCAUCUUCGUGGAGUUUUCCGUGCGGCAAAACUGCCAAGAGGCCAAGGCGCGAUCGGCACCAAGUGGGUGUUCAAGAUCAAGCGCAAAGCGGAUGGAUCGGUCGAGAAAUACAAGGCGCGUCUCGUUGCCAAGGGCUUCAAGCAGAAGUAUGGCAUCGACUACACAGAGACGUUCUCGCCCGUGGUCAAGUACGUGACACUGCGUAUGGUGAUCGCGAUCACCAAGUAUUUCGACUGGCCACUGGACCAACUCGAUGUGGUGACAGCCUUUCUCUACGGAGUGAUGAAGGAGAAGGUGUACUGCGUGAUACCAGAAGGCGUCGAGAUGGAUGGCGACUUCGACUGUCUCGAGUUGGUGAAGGCGAUCUACGGUCUCAAGCAAGCUUCACGUGUGUGGAACGAGACUUUCGACGAAUUCGUAUGCUCUAUCGGUUUCGAAGCGUCGGCGUUCGACCCAUGUCUCUACAUCAAUGUUGUCGACGGUCACUGUGUGCUCGUGCUGGUCUACGUGGAUGACGUGUUGGUCACCGGCAGCUUGCUCGAGUUGAUUGCGCAGACGAAGGCCGACCUCAAGACGCGUUUCGAGAUGACCGACAGUGGCAAGUGUACUUUUGUACUAGGCAUCGAACUGGUGGACGAAUCGGAUGGCAGCGUGACGAUGUGCCAGCGACGGUAUGUCAACGACAUCCUCAAGCGCUUCGGCAUGAAUGAGUGCAAGGCCACAGCAAGUCCGGUCGACUUGAGCACUCGGCUUGUCGCAAGCAGCGAAGCGGCCAAGAUCGAUGUUCCGUUUCGUGAAGCUGUGGGAGCUUUGAUGCACUUGACGACUGCGACGCGCCCGGACAUUGCGUAUGCUGUGGGGUACGUCUCGCGCUUCAUGGAGGAUCCGCAGCAAGAACAUUGGACGGCGGUGAAGUGCAUCUUUCGUUACUUGCAAGGGACCAAGUCGCACGGACUCCGCUUCCAGCCAAGCGACAAGAUCGACUUUCGUGGCUACUCGGACGCGGACUGGGCCGGCGACCACGCUGAUCGCAAGUCGACUUCGGGUUACACUUUCAUGCUGAUGGGUGCUCCUGUGAGUUGGGGAAGCAAGAAGCAGUCAAGAAGGCAAGUGGGUGCAUCGCUUGCUAUGCGAGAUUUUGGCGGCCGCAAAAACGAACCAGGACCGGACCUCGUCAUCCGUGAAGACAACCAGUCGUGCGUCAAGAUGACGAAGAAUCCGGUGAAUCAUGGCCGCGCCAAGCACAUCGACAUCAAGUACCAUCACAUCCGUGAUGAGGUCAAGCGCGGUGAAGUGCAGCUCGAGUAUUGCGAGACUUCCGUGAUGAUGGCGGACAUCAUGACCAAGGGACUUUCGGGACCUCGCCACAAGGACUUGACGACGGCUCUCGGCAAUCGUGCGAGUUCGGAUUGA